AUGUUUCUGUUACGAUUCAACAUCAAGAACGGUUCCGAUAAGAAAACAGUUGUCAGUAUCAGCACCACCAAGAGGCGACGACACACCGGCACCAACAACUACAACAAAAAACUCGGGCGUAACAAUAUCUCACGUACGGAAAUCACCGGUAAACCUGUGGUGGAUGAUAAUUACUCAGAAAUUAGAGGAAAGCAGGUAGAUAAACCCACAGACAGACCAGUCAGCUUGCGUAGUUUAUCCCAAAAUAGUGGUCCUCUUGGCCGGAAAGAUUUGGGGAAAUCUGUGGUCAAAUGGAUAAGCCAUGUGAUGAAGGCAAUGGCCACCGAUUUUGGGGAGGCGGAGUUUCAGGGAGAGUUUUCUGAGGUCAGACAGCGAAUGGGUCCAUGUCUCACCUUCAUUAUACAAGCUCAACCUUACAUCGGCGCCAUUCUAAUGCCCCCCGGCCUUGAAUUUGUAUGCUUAAAAGCCUACACUCUUCGAUUAUUUCUCAUUUCCAUAUAG